CGUUAUGAAAGCCAUGGCAAAACAAUGGAAAGGGCAUUGGAACAGAUUGAACAACAAGGCCCACUUAUCAAUGCAUGGAACACCUUUGCACCUGAGGUUGAAGUAGAUCGUUUAGAGUGUGUGGCCCAACGACAAUCCAGACAUGACACUGACGAAAAUGAAAUGGACAUUGUUCCAGACUACCAAGUCAGUGGUAGCAGCAGUGGAGCCAUGCCAGCAAUCAUAGCACCAAAGCUGAGCCCAGACUUUGUCAGAAAAAUGUACCAAAGUCUGAAUGAAACCCAAGCAUCCAUAUUCUAUGCAGUGCGUGAGUGGUGUUUCAAACUUGUGUGGGGUCACUGUCCUGAGCAGUUCUUUUAUUUUGUCUCUGGAGGAGCUGGCUGUGGAAAAUCACAUGUUAUCAAGUGCAUAUAUGAGGAGGCAACAAAGAUUUUGCACCAACUCCCCAGAUUCCGUGACCAAGCAGACAUGUCCUACCCUGCAGUACUGCUGACUGCAUUUACUGGUACUGCAGCUUUUAACAUAUCUGGGAAAACACUGCACUCUCUGCUAAAGCUGCCAAAAUCUUUAAAACCGCCGUAUCAGGGACUGGGCAAUGCACUGGAUGAAGUGAGAGCUUCACUUUCAAAUGCAGAGAUUCUGGUCAUUGAUGAGAUAUCUAUGGUUUCUAAAGACCUUUUGCCUACAUCCACUGGAGACUUCAGCAGAUCAAAGGAAACAAGAAGCCUUUUGGUGGGAUGUCUAUCCUUGCAGUAGGAGACUUUUACCAGCUGCCACCCCUUGGAAAAGCCAAACCGCUCUGUGUGUACGAGGACAAUGUCUUUGAUCUCUGGAAAGACUAUUUCCACAUGGUCAACCUGACAGAAAUCAUGCGACAGAAAGAUGAUCAUUCUUUUGCUGAAGUUCUGAACAGGAUAAGAGUGAAGCAAAAAACAGAUUCUCUUGAAGCCAAUGAUAAAGCCUUGCUCACACAGGCUAUCCAUGACAUAAAAGACUGUCCAUCUAAUGUAUUACACAUUUAUGCUACAAACAAAGAGGUCGACAAACACAAUUCAGCAACUGUAACUGCUCUUCAUUCUGAUAUCAUAAAUAUUCAGGCCGAAGACUACAGAAAAGACCCACGGACGGGUGAGAUGGUCCUCCUGGCAGAUAUGAUGAAAGGCAACAAAAGAGAUUUACCUGAUAACAUACAAGCUGCACCUGGAGUGCGUGUUAUGAUUAUUAGAAAUUUGGAUGUUGAAGAUGGGCUUGUUAAUGGGACAUUUGGAACAAUCACGAACAUUGUGACAACCACACAGGAUGGACCAAAAACUGUGAAUCUCAUUGGACUUACGCUGGACAAUCAAAAUUCUGGGCAAAAAUUUCGCAGAAAAAUACAAGGAUCCUCAGACAACCUCGUAUAUAUUGAGAAAUGUGAAGAAUCUACAAGUAAAAAAGGAGUUCUUCGCAGGCAAUUUCCAAUGAAGUUGGCCUUUGCAUGUACAGCUCACAAAGUACAAGGCAUGACAAUGGAGUCAGCAGUAGUAUGUUUGAAGCGUGUUUUUGAGCCUGGAAUGGCCUAUGUCGCACUCAGCCGCACAACCUCACUUAAAGGACUGUACAUCACAGACUUUGAUGAAAGGAAAAUCUAUGCUGAUCCUGCCAUCACAGAUGCACUCAAAAAUAUGAGACAUGCAUCAUUUGAGAAUGCAAGACCACUGUUGCAAUUCUUAAAAUCAGUUGUUCCCACAGUCCCCACAUUGACAAUUAUCCAUCACAAUGCACAAGGUCUCCCAACUCACAUGGAGGACAUGAGAUGCCACCAUGAACUCAGCCUUGCUGAUGUUUUAUGCAUAACAGAAACUCACUUGUCUGGAUCAUCAGUUUCUCCCGCUUCCAGCUGGAACAGUACAACAUGGCCACACGCAACAGACACGUCUCUUACACAAACCAUACAGACAUGGCAAAGGUAAAUGGCGGUGGAGUUGCAAUGUACUACAAAACAGUUCUUAUAGCAGAGUCUCGAAAAUACCUGCAAAAUGUGACUGACCUUGAAUUUGUUGUUAUCAAGGUUGAAUCGCCAGUCACAGCUUUGAUAGCAACUGUAUACAGGCCACCAAAUUACAGCCAUGGGAGGUUUUACCACAAAUGCAAUGUCUUUUGGACUCAUUGAAAUGAUGAAUUGCCAACCAAUUAUUGUUUGUGGAGAUUUCAAUGAGGACCUUAUGAGCAGAGGAAAAAAACCCAUCCAAGAACUGUUUCAGUCAAGAGGAUAUGCACAACUUAUUACUGCUGCAACUACCGAAAAACACACAUUGAUUGAUCACCUUUACAUAUCACAGCCAUACGCCUGCCUCCAAUCAGGUGUUCUGAAUACAUAUCACAGUUAUCACAACCCCAUUUAUUGUGUAAUUCACUAACACAAAAUGACUGCAAGGUUGUGAGGGAUAUGGACUUGCCAAGUGAUCUUAGUGUCUUUGCAACUGAGCACACUCUACCACCAACAAGGACAGCUCACCAGUGGGAGCUGAUACAUAAGACUGCUCUCAUCCAUUGAAGAGCUGACCAGAAACGUGAACAGAGAGACUGCAACUGCACCUGAUGGGAUCCCUGCCAUAACAGAUGUGUUCUGUCCAGUGAAGGCAGUGGAGAAGCCCUACACUGAUCUUGAAACUGUGCCACGCUAGUAGAGACCGGCUACAAGGAUGGGCAGCUGUUUUCGCAAAGUCAGCCAACCACUUGCUUCCAAAUGACCCUUAUCCAGAAGUAUCCGUGAGUGCCUCAUCAACAGAAAAUAAAGUGGAGACCUACCUCUCAGAGAAAACGCACACAUAAGAAAAGCCGACCCACUUCAGUACUGGGAAGAACAUCCUAAUCUGUUUCCCUCUAUGGCUGCUGUUGCGAUCCCAGUGUGCCCCUGUAGC